AUGUCGUACGACGAUACCCCAGACGUCGUCUUCAACCCGCAGGAUGAGCCUCUGCCCGCUCCAUCCGACUUCUUCGCCCAUCUCAGCCUGGUGCCGCGUUACUAUGACUUGCCCCAUGGCGAUCCGCGUUUCGAUCAAGAGCCCGGUCAGCAAGUCGAUGAUCCUAUGCAAAUCGACGGCACUCCACCUCCUGAUGCUGGAUUCCUGGCACAAAGCCACCGGGCCCGCGUUGCUCAUCUCCCCCAGCCUACCCAAGGCCAGCAGCCUGCUGCGCCUGAGGCAGAGGAAGCAGCAGGCGGUGAGGCCAUGGAUCUUGAAAUUCCUCCCUUGUUCCCCAACUGGUCUGAGCGAGACAUUGCCCAGGCGAUCUUGACCCCAGAGGCCUUCUCUUGGUGGGCGGCUAAGGACGAGCUGGCUAAGAGAGGUCAGCUUCCUGAUAUUCCUCACGUCUACCCUGCUGGACACCCCAACAAUCGUCCUGCUGAAUCUCUUGCAACGGACGGAAGACUCAUCGAGUGGGAGGACCUGCACCUCGGUGUCCGCUGGCUGCUUGUUCUCCGCCUCAGCGAGCAGCACACGUUCACCGUCGCUAUUGUUUCUCAGCUCAAGCUCUCCCACCACCAGCUUCAUGACUUUAUCACCAGCUAUGUCGACCAUUGUGAGGCGUGGAAUGAGUUUGAGUUGACCGUCUCUUCGAGAGCUAAGGGCCUUGAGCUUUGGGAUGAGGAGGCAGAGAGAGCGCUCCUCAACUGGCUUCACGAGAAGCGUCCCCUUUUGCCCUACGACAGCCUCACCAGCGAGGAUGUCCAGCUGGGCAUUCGCUUCCUCUACGAGCGCUGCAUUGUGGAUGGCGGCGUCGACCUGGCGGCCUGGUUUGAGGAGAAGGACAAGAAAGAUUUUGCCCGCAUUCCGAUUGGAUCUCCCAUCAUGAGAGACUGCCUGGACCACAGAAUUCUCCGUCGUGCUGCCGCCGCCAAGCUGCUCCCCAUCAAGAAGAUUGAGGAGGCCAUCAAAGACCUCGGAAGACAGAAGCGUCUCAGAGCUCAGUCUGCCAUGAUGAACAACUCCAUGAGGAGCGAUGCCUUUCUUGGAACUCGUCAGGCCCGCGUGCCCUGGGAGGCCAAUCCUGAGCCAGCCGACGUCGAAAUGUCCGUUGAGGCACAGACUGUCAUGGACACCAUUUUGACUGGCGCGACCAGUGACGAGCCGAUGCAGACGCCCAUGUCAUUUCACCAGAGACAGCAAAUGUCGGAAGAGGCCCAUCACACACUGAGGCGCAUCGUCCCAGAGCUUCAGCCCAUUAUUGCUCCAGGCGGACUGGCCAAGACUCAGUGGGAGAUUGACAACGGAUAUCCCCAUGGUUUCGACUGGGAAUAUACUCCUCUUCAUUGGGGCGAUCAUGCCGAUGCGAUGGAGACCGAUCCUACCCCAGAGGAACUGGUGAACCCGCAGCCUUCUCGCGUGGCCGCUCUCCGAGAGACACUCACCCAGAGACAAGGAGCACGCGCUGCUGCUGCUUCGUCCUCUGCUCAGUCGUCUGCCGAUGACUCCGCCGGCCAAGAGGCCGAAAGCGCGCCAAGGUCUCGGAUCGGAACUGCUCGAGAGCGCUUUAUGACAAGCAAUGACAGAGGGCAACUGAUGGUUGGCAUCGUGUCGGACAUGUCUUUGGCGGCUGGUCAAGACCCCCAGAACCCUGGUCUUGCCACACAGCUCGCCGAAGAAGGAUUUCCUGGCCAGCCAGAGGUGCCGAUAGGAGCAGUGGAAGGAGAACCCGUAUCAAGUCUUCCAAAUCUGGAUCCCACAGAGAUUCUUGAGCCUGGCGACAACGUCGUCGCGCCGAAGCAACGAAGCAGGCGAGCACGCCGGCCCAGCGCCCGCGCCCUGGAGUCGUUGCAACUCGCCUUGGAACUCGAACAGAAUGCUGAAACAAUCCCCGAAAAGCCCAAAGAAAGGAAAACAGGCCGCACGUCAAGGAAAGAACAGCAAGGAGCCCAAGACGAAGGCCCCCAAAGCGCCCAAGACGCCCAAAGUGCCCAAGACUCCCCAGAAGAAGACGGCAUCGCAGAGGUUGCCCGAGACGCCCCCGUCGCCCACGGCGGGCCCGAGCCAGCCAAAGAAGUCGGCGCCCAGGAAGCAGCGGCAACAGCAGCAGCAGGAGCCGCAGCACCAACAGCGCCAAUAGUCGUGCCUCGCAUGCGAGGCAGCUUGGUUCGGCCGACAGCCACCGCUCGGACUGUCGUGUCACUGCCGACCGUGGACGAAGUUCCAACGGAAACAGAGGACGGACAGCCUGAGCCGGCUGUGGGAGAACCGGGCGCAUCCGGAUCGGGGGUGACGGCGGCCCCUGAUCCUCAACGGAUAUCAGCCGCGAAACGGCGGUCGGAGAAGAUUUUUGGCAUCUCCAGGACGCAGGAGCUCAACUCGUGUCCGUCCCCUGUUUCCGAAACCUGCUCUGCGUGGUCUGCAGAAGUGGCCCAAUUUGCUGUCGAGGCUCUCCAGGCCUCAUAUGCUCUCACGGCGGACCGGAUUGUCCCGGGCUUGAAGGUUGCGCCGCAGCACGAGAUGGACGAGGGCACGAUCAAGGCGACCAUCACCUCGAUGGAAGCCCAGUACACGUGCUUCGAGUCCAUGAGCCAGUCGGAGAAUGGGCCAGCUGCCCAGAAAGCUGAGUUUGCCGGCGUUGCUGACGUGGCAACUUUUGCAGUCCACGCUGCCGAGGCUGCUUUCGCCUUUGAGGAGGAGAAGGCCGUGGAGGGCUCUGAGGAAGCAUCGGGGCCGGAAGAGCAGCAUCCACGGCCUGAGGAAUGA